AUGGAGCUGAGAUCAGAAAUACCCAGCGUUCCCUCCGCGCCCCCUCCGGUGCCCCCCAGCUCGGUGGCGGCCGCCGCGGCAGCCGCGGCCGCGAGCUUGCCGGUGAGCGUGGCCGGCAGCCUCCUUCGGGGCCCGCCGCUGCUGCUGCGGGCUGCCGAGAAGUACCCGCGCACGCCCAAGUGCGCCCGGUGCCGGAACCACGGGGUGGUGUCGGCGCUGAAGGGCCACAAGCGCUACUGCCGCUGGAAGGACUGCAUGUGCGCCAAGUGCACCCUGAUCGCCGAGCGCCAGCGCGUCAUGGCCGCGCAGGUGGCGCUGCGCCGCCAGCAGGCGCAGGAGGAGAACGAGGCCCGCGAGCUCCAGCUGCUCUACGGCACCGCCGAGGGGCUGGCCCUGGCCGCGGCCAACGGCAUCAUCCCGCCCCGGCCGGCCUACGAGGUCUUCGGCUCCGUCUGCAGCGGGGCCAGCGGCGAGGGAGGCGCUGGAGGCUCGGACUCCAAGCUGCAGAAGUUCGACCUGUUCCCCAAGACGCUGCUGCCCAGCCGGGCUGUGACCCCGCAGCAGGCGGGCGGGAAGCCCCUCUCUCCGGACGGGGAGUCGGUGCCGGGCACCUCCUCCCCCGAAGCUCGCCAGGGCUCGGGCUCGGAGAACGGGGACGGCGAGUCCUUCCUGAGCUCGCCCGUCUCCAAGGGGGCGAAGGAGGGGGAGGAGAGCCCGGGCUCCAUCAGCCCGCUGGGCUCGGACUCGGGCUCGGAGGCGGAGAAGGACGAGCAGGACCCGUCGCCCUCGGCCGGCGGCCGCCAGCGGACUCCCAUCGACAUCCUGACGCGGGUCUUCCCGGCGCACCGGCGCAGCGUGCUGGAGCUGGUGCUGCAGGGCUGCGGCGGGGACGUGGUGCAGGCCAUCGAGCAGAUCCUCAACAACCGCGGCCCGGACAAGGGGCCCGAGGAGAGCUGGGCCCGGGACGGAGCCCUGCAGCCCAGCCCGGCCGCCGCCGCCCACCACCGGCCCCUGAUCGCCGGCCCCAUGAGCCCGGCCAUCGGCACGCUGGGCAGCCGCUCCGCCUUCUCGCCGCUGCAGCCCAACGCCGGCCACUUCGGCGCCGAGGCCGGGGCCUACCCGCUGGGCACCCACCUGGGCCUCAACCCGCUGCGCCUGGCCUACUCGGCGCACAGCCGGGGACUGGCCUUCAUGGCCCCCUACUCCACCGCCGGCCUCAUGCCCACGCUGGGCUUCCGGCCGCCCAUGGACUACGCCUUCAGCGACCUCAUGCGGGACCGCUCCGCCGUGCACAAGGAGCAGGUCUACUCCAGCGGCCUCUACGGGCCCAUGGUCAACAACACCCCCGAGAAGCAAUAGACGGAGCCCCCUGCUGGGGAGCAGCGCCCGGCCGGCCGCGGGCACCGCGCUGCAGCCAAGGCCACGCUCCCUCCUCGCGGCUCUUGACAGCUGCCAAAGCACAGCUCACGCCUUGCAGCCAAGGGCAGGGGUGCACCCCAG